GCCAUGGCGGCGGCAGGAUUCGCUAGCAGGAUCCUACAAGUGGGGAGCUUGGCUUAUCUGCUCCUUUUCGCCACCUUUUCCGUCUCGCCCUCGCUCGGCGGACCCAUCCGGCUCCGGGAAAACCUCUGGGCUACAGGUAGGACCCCUGCGUCUCCCUGCGGCGCUGGAGGGGGCGGUCUACCAAGGGGGCAGCUUCCCAACGCAGACGGUGGGAAAUGCUUGCUUGUUAAUAAAGAUCCUGGCAGGAAAAAGGCUGCGUGUGUGUGUGGAGAGGGUGGGGGUGGGGGGGACAACGAAGGACUGGAGCAGAGGCUGCAAAAUUGUGCUCCUUACCUGGCUCCGUCUUUUAGACGACAUCUGAAGGCAGCCCUGUAUCGGGAAGCUUUUAAUGUUUAAUAUUUUCGUAUGUUUCGUGUGUAAUGAUAAUAAAGUUAUGGGGCGGGCUUGGGGUGGGUGGGUAGAAUCUGUGCUGCGAGAUCAGUUAUGUGCCCAGUUCAGUGGCGUAGCGUGGGUUGUCAGCACCCGGGGCAAGGCAAGUAAUUUGCGCCCGCUAACCAUAACCCCCAGAUGUUGCGCCCGGUGCGGCCAGCCCCCCCUGCACCCCCCACGCUACGCCACUGGCCCAGUUCCUUCCAUCAUCGAGGGCACAUUUGGAUUCUCUCUGUCUGAAACAUCUGGAGGGCAGUAGGUUGGGGAAGGGUCGUCUAAAGGAUCUGUGGAAAUGGGGGUGGGAUGAGGUGAGCCUGGGGGCACUUCCUACCACCACGAAGCUGGUAGGUCACUCUGUGGGGCGAGAGAAGGAAAAUUGUAUGGGAUUUGGUUAAGCAGUGCCCUGCAGCCCUGUGAUUCUGUGGCUGAAAGUUACAGUGGCGGUGGUGAUUUUUGUGCUGCAUUUUAACACCUUAUCCUUUAACUAAAUGGCAGAUCAAUACUGUUUUGCUUUGUUUUUAAGACUUUAAUGCAGCGCUGGGUUUGAUUUGGGUGUGGGGUUGUUUGGAAAGCCAUGCACAGAGGGUCAGAAAACAAUGCUUUCAGCAGCAGGAGAGGGGACAGCUCCCCGUGUCAUGAGGUUGAAAAUCCAGUCUCUGUCUAGGAUGGUCAAAUUAACAGAGCAGCAAUUAUUGCACCACUGGUGAUGCUUGGAACUUUAUUAAUUUGUUUAUUAAUCACCUUCCACACAUACGUCCCAAGGGGAUGCCCCCAAAAAAUGCAACGAGAACAGCUAAAAACAGUUUAAAACAAUGCAGGAAAUAGCAGAUCAAUUGUAAAAAGUAUUGUGAAGUAAAUAUCCAUGGCACAGACCUGUUUGUCCAGCUGUUGGAACAAAAAUGUCUUCCAUUGUUUCUGGAAAGUGCAGGUAUUGGGUGCCUGCUGUGCCUGUUACACAGACUAACGGCAGCCACACUGACUGCCCUGUUCUGCAUUUUAUUUUGAUUUGAUUUGAUUUAUAUGCCACCCUAUAUCUGCAGGUCUCAGGGCAGUAUCCUACCAAGCAGGAUACAAACCACUCUGGAACUUGUAGGAGAAGCUCUGCCACAGACGGCAGCAAUCUGCUGCAUAUAUAAGGGAUAAUGCAGUCCCUCAAGUAACCUGGUCCUGAGCUGCAGAGGGUCUUACAAGCUAGUACCAAGCCUUGAACUUGGCCUCGUAGCAGGUGUGCAGCCGGUGCAAAUCCCACAAAGCGUUACAAGAUGGCUACAGGAAUCCAAUCUCCAGGUUACCAGUGCAUGGACAACUGUGGUCUAGCUGUCCUGAUCCAGAAACAAUCAUAGCUGUCUUACAAGCCAAAGUUGGGGGAAAGUGCUUUAGCCACCAAGGGCACCUGCGCUUCCAGUGGCAGCUGAAUCCAGGCACAGCACCAGUGCUUCAGGGACAGCAACUCAACCCAAGGCAGACUUCCUGGGUCUGGAAACCACUUUUCUAGAGACUCCAGCCUGUCAGGAUGCAGACUUUAUUAUUCCUCACCAGGAAUAAUAUUAUUCACUGCACGCCAACAUUGGUCCUGCACCUGCUCAGCCGUUCCCAGUUCAGAUAUUACUGAGAAAUAGGAGUUGGGUAUCAUCAAUGUACUGAUGACGUCUUGCUCCAGAUCUCCUCCUCUCUGCUCCUGAUGGCUUCAAGUCAAUGUCAAAUAGCAUCUGAGACAGUAUAGUGCCUUAUGACACCCCGUAGUUUCUCUUGCAGGGCUGCCAUGGUGUGGUGGUUGAGGUAGAGGGCAGGUCAUGCAGUCCAAAUCUCCACCUUGAUUGUUACUUAAAAGUGCUUCCUUCCUCUGAAAAUUUGCAUUCUGGUAAGGAGAUGGCCACAAGCUGCCUGGAAAAGUGGAAAGACGGGGUGAUUUUUUAAAAAAGCGGGGCUACUUAUUUAUUCAUUUGUUUUUAAAAAGCACACACAUGAUAUCCAACAAAAUCUAUUUUAAAUAGCAUAUAAUAAAAGGUGGGAUCUGCAAUAAAAUAUUAUUGCGUGGAGCUGUCCUUUGCAGAUUUCCAGGCACUCGGUUCCAUUCGCCCUGUUCAGAGGUAUAUCUAGGCUCCCUUGUGCCCUUGACAAGGAGCUGUGUCGGCGUGCCUCCAUCCCUGGCACCCUUGGUAAGGAUGGCCCCCACUCUAAGGCAAAGUGGAGAGGCAUGAUUGUUGCAUGCACCCCCCAGGCAUGUUCCUUUGGCAGGGCCCAGCUUGAUGAACCCUAGGUACGCCCAUACCCCUGUUUGAGCCCAAAUGAAGAAAACAAGUCAAUGGACCAACAACAGCAGCAAGGAAGAGGAUGUGGCCGUGGUGAGACCCCUCGAACCAUCGUGCGCAAAAGCUCUUCAAAAAAAAUUAAAAUAAAAUUGGGCCAGCACUGUACUGACUAGAAUUGGUGUCAUUUCAGGGCAUUUCAUGGGGAAGAAGAGUAUGCUGAGCUCUCCUCAUGUCCAGUCUGCAUUCUCAGAAAGUGCAGAGACCAACAGCACCCCCAAGGCCUUCAGAGAGGGGAUGAAAGACCUGAUGAUGAGCGAACUUCUUAAAAUACUCCUGCAAGAGAAGCUGCUGGAGGAGAAACGAGGGAAGCGUGAUCCCAAUGACCAGGUGAGCACCAUCCUCUCUAGAUGUCCUGAAGGGAAUGAAUGUGGUGGCUAGUGCCCAGUGGGACUGGUGGCACAGAAGACUAGGGGGCUGACAGUAGAGCCAGUGAUAGGAUCAUAGUAUGGUAGAGUUGGAAGGGACCCUGAGGGUCAUUUACUCCAACCCCUGCAAUGCAUGAACCUCAACACGUGGCCCCCAAUCCAUUUUGAAGCCAUACCUGACCCUGCCUAGCUUUGCAAAUGUGCUAGCAAUUUGAUUGCUGCACCAGGUGGAGCCAGAGCCAAUGGCAGGCAGAGCCAACUAAUUCUAGUCUCAUUUUGGAAACAGGACUGCCUGUGAAAUGUGGUCCAUGUUUGAGUUAGUUAACUGUGCUCAGACCAUUGUUUGUCGCAGACAGUGUUUUUUCCCCCUUUAAAAGUGUUUAGGAGUACAGUGGUACCUCGGGUUAAGAACUUAAUUCGUUCUGGAGGUCUGUUCUUAACCUGAAACUGUUCUUAACCUGAAGCACCACUUUAGCUAACGGGGCCUCCCGCUGCCACCACCGCGCAAUUUCUGUUCUCAUCCUGAAGCAAAGUUCUUAACCCAAGGUAAUAUUUCUGGGUUAGCAGAGUCUGUAACCUGAAGCGUGUGUAACCUGAAGUGUAUGUAACUUGAGGUACCACUGUACUCUCAUUUUUACUCAAGAAAAUCACCAUUUUAUAGUUCAAAUCAAGGAAAAUAAAUACAGUAAAUGGACAAAAGUACAGAGAUUCACAGAAUGUUUAGGGGUAUGCGUACCUCUGCGUCCCUCCAGGAAAAAAGCAGUGGUUGCAAACACUUGUGCACUGCAUUGCAGCCAUCAGAGGAAACUAUGUAAGGAAUCUGUAGGAAAGGAAUAAAGUCGGUGUCUGUAUUUUAUAUAUUAAUGUCUUCUCAAUGUGUUUCCCUUGGUCCUCCUCCUACUGUAGAGAGCACACCAGCAGACCAGCAUGGCAAGGAUCCUGCUGGCAUCAGUGGUGGUAGAGAUAGCUCUGGGGAAACCCCCUCCCCUUUUCUGACACUGGGAUUUAAUUGCAUCCCGGAGUGGGGAUUUGACUGUCAGGCCAAAUCCUUGCCUCUUCCAAGUUUAUCAGGUGGGUGGAGUCAGUGCUUCCUAGGUUCCUCCAGCUAUUUCUUGUGGGCUGGUACCAGAACCUCUCUCCCUUUAAUGCAGUUUGGCUUUGUUGCACAACAUCUCCCGCUUGGGCUAGAGAGCUCUCCAAGGUCCUGAAGCCCACCCAGGUGCCUGAUCUCAGGGAUCACCAGAUCCUUGCUGCUCAUCGCUCUCUGGUCUAGGUAGGUUCACUACCAGAGAGGUCUUAGUGUAAUAAACCCCAUUUCAGUGCAACAAUUUGAUGUCAUUUUUUUACGUGAAGGGGAUGCGGGUGGUGCUGUGGGUUAAACCACAGAGCCAAGGACUUGCCGAUCAGAAGGUUGGCAGUUUGAAUGCCCGCGAUGGGGUGAGCUCCCGUUGCUCAGUCCCUGCUCCUGCCAACCUAGCAGUUCGAAAGCAUGUCAAAGUGCAAGUAGAUAAAUAGGUACCGCUCCGGUGGGAAGGUAAACGGCCUUUCCGUGCACUGCUCUGGUUCGCCAGAAGUGUCUUAGUCAUGCUGGCCACAUGACCUGGAAGCUGUACGCCGGCUCCCUCGGCCAGUAAAGAAAGAUGAGCGCCGCAACUCCAGAGUCAUUCACAACUGGACCUAACAGUCAGGGGUCCCUUUACCUUUACCUAUUUACCUGAAGAUGUGGGUGGCGCUGUGGUCUAAACCACAGAGCCUAGGACUUGCCGAUCAGAAGGUCGGUGGUUAGAAUCCCCGUGACAGGGUGAGCUCCCGUCACUUGGUCCCUGCUCCUGCCAACCUAGCAGUUCGAAAGCACGUCAGAGUGCAAGUAGAUAAAUAGGAGGGAAGGUAAACAGCAUUUCCAUGCACUGCUCUGGUUUGCCAGAAGUGCCUUAGUCAUGCUGGCCACAUGACCCGGAAGCUGUACCAGUGGCGUAGCGUGGGGGGUGCAGGGGGGGCCAGCCGCACCGGGCGCAACAUCUGCGGGGGGCGCGCUCGCACUCGCAGCUCUCUGCCCCUACCUGGCUCACUCACUCUCUCAGGGGGUAAGGGUUUCUUUAACUAAUCUAGUGGAAGAGACUCGAGUGCAAAAAUCCACGGGUUAGGGGGCACAAAUUACUUGCCUUGCCCCGGGUGCUGACAACCCACGCUACGCCACUGAGCUGUACACCGGCUCCCUCGGCCAGUAGAGCGAAAUGAGUGCCGCAACCCCAGAGUUGUCCGUGACUGGACCUAAUGGUCAGGGGUCCUUCUACCUUUUAUUUACCUGAAGGCCUCAGAAGGGUGGCUGUCAUCCUUCUAACACUGGCUGACUUACUAAACGGAUGAGAUCAUGUCACUUCCUUCCAUAAGCAGAGCAAGUCAGGGAGCCCACACAGUCCAGGAGGGGGCAAAACCCACUUUAGAUGUCCAAGGUGGUGAUGGAGUAGCUAUACUUUUCUCUCAUCAGUGGGCAAGGCCAGUUUGCUUUCUAUUAUGUUGAAGUUCUAUUAUGUUCUAUUAUGUUGAAGUGUAAGCUACUGAUGUCUGUGUUUUUCGUUACAGGAAAUACCUUUCUUCACAAAGUACCUGGCAAAAUACAUUUAAAUGGAUGAACUGAGGAAAACACCACAGACUUGGGGGAAAGCGAGCUCCUGAAGGGCUGUUCCCAAUGAAAGCAUCAAGAAUUGUAGUGUAAAAUAUCAAAUUUAUAACUGUAAUCCUAAUACUGAC